AUGGGUCUUCUUGGCCAGCCUCAGGCACCGGCGGCUAGUGCGGCAGCCAAGGCGGCUGUUGACUUGGUGCUGGACGGCUCGCCGGGCGCUCCGCCUGCAGCACGUAUGGUUGUGCCGCUCUCGUCUGGCCCAGUCUCUUUCCAUCUCGGUGCAGGCGACACGGUGGCGUCGCUGGUCGACUCGCUCGUGGCCAACGACCCGAGCCUCUCCGUCGACGACGUUGUCCUCCGCUCGCCGUCGGGCGUCGCCCUUGCUGGCUCCACGCCCUGGGCCUCGGUCCUCCGCGAGUCGUCGGUCGCUGCUGGAGCCCCGCUCCAGCUCGAGCUCAGCGGUGAGGUCCACUCGCUCGUGCCGUCGUACGACGGAACCAAGGCCCGGCUCGGCGGCUCGCUCGACAUCACUCAGCUGCUGAAGAAGGAGGACUUUGCCGCCGUGGCCAAGGCCCUCCGUCGCGACACCCGCUCCGCCAUGCCCAAGCAGGAGUUUGUCGAACUGUGCGAAAAGUACGAGAUCGACGAGCUCGAGGCCGAGUUCCUCGCCCGCUCGCUGGCUGGCUGCGGCUCCAUCCUCUACUUUUACGACGAGCCGAACCUCGCCUCGACUCUUUUCAUUAAGCCGAGGCGGGUCUUCAAGCAGCUCCAUCGGACGCUCAACGUCAUGACUCCGAACGAGAUUGCCGCCGCAAACCCCAAGACCGAGCUCCUGGCCUCGAUGGAGGCCGAGAUCGAGCCGCUGACCGAGAUUAAGUCCACCAUCGAGUCCAAGUCUGCAGCCUCGGCCUCGCGCAUGAUGUUUCUUGGCUUUGCCGGCGUUGUUGCCCAACUUGGCAUCAUCACCCGCCUCACUUGGUGGGAGUUCUCCUGGGACAUCAUGGAGCCGGUCUCGUACGUCGUCAUGAUCGGCCAGGCCGUCCUCCUCUACGGCUUUUACAACGUCACCUCGGCCGACCCGGACUCGUACGAGGGCCUGCGCGGCUACUUUUACGACCGCAAGUACAAGGCACUCUGCCGCAAGCUCGACUUUGACCCCGACCACUACGACUCGCUCGUCGCCGCGUACGAGCGUCUGCAGUACGGCUCACCGCGGACCCGCGCCGAGGAGAAGGCCCGCGAGAUGGCCGAAGACGUCGCCCGCCGCCUCCUUGCCGAGAACGGCAUUGCCAGCGACUUUGACCACGACGUUGCCGACGAGCCCAAGCCGACUCCUGCCGCAUAAAAUACCCAACCCCGCC